AUGGGAAGUGGAGAUUUGACAUGGGGUGAACUUGGGAAGGAGAAGCUCGGAGCUGCAGCUCGAAGCUUUGACGCCCUGAAAAUGUGUACAUCGGUACAAGCCACAACUACUGCCAACGGUACCCAAGUCAGGCACCAGUUUUGCUCCGGCGCCGCAGGUGAGGUGGAAACGUACUUUACCGACCAGUACAACGCUACGUGUAACGUACCUGAGCUAAUGGAAGGAACCUCGGAUACGUACUCCGUACCCGCUGUCUCGUUCCUCCCGUCCUUCCUUUCCCAUCUGAUUCUGACUGCCCGUGCCCGCACAUGUCGCACACCUCACCUCGAAAAGCUCUCUCUUCCGAGUCUCACUAUUCAAUCACUGCGCCUAAUCACCUCAAUUGUCAGCCCGACAACUUCGAUAUGGGAUGCUGCCGACUCGAUGGACCACCACAGCACCAAAGCUUCCACAGAGCAGAGCUCGGCUCUCCCACACCACGCACUAGCGCUGCAAAGUGUGCCAGGCAAUGUCGGCAGUAAUCGCACCUCCAAGACGCCCGCUUGCGCAAGCUCCAGCAAGCUGCUGGCCCGACCGCCGCUGACCAGCUUCGUCCUCGGCUGCUCGUUUCUGGGUCCUUCCCUUCACACCAAGAUUACAGGCGCCGUGGUCGAUCAGCAACAGAAUAACCCCAACUUUGCUGGCUGGGCUGGCCUGACAAAACACCCGAGGCUGGAUCAGAGAAGAGGAAGAAACUGGGACCUUGUGGUGCCGGGAAGAGGGAACCCCGGAUUCUCACAAUCGGCCAGAAUCUGCGCCGUGAUGGGCGCCACAAGUUCGAGAGGCGCCAGUCUAUGGACUCAUUGGCUGUCUGCAUUGCUGACGGCUGUCGCGAAUUGCGCUGAUGCUCCCGACCUUACGAACUACGCUCUGUGUAUGUCGCCUGUCACAUCUGGCAGCUUGUUGACACGCUCGUCAAGUUACGGAUACAACAAACAAAACACCGACUUGGGGCUGGGUACGAAGAUCGUCGUUUCGCCCACGGCCCAAAUGCCCGCUAUCGACCGUCUGCAUGGUCCGCAUAGCCUGACCGCGGCAGCCCGGAAACUCAAUUGGCCAGUCGUGGAGCUUCCCCAACCACUUUUCAGCUGCAAUCGCCCUUCCCGGCCACUUGUUUCCAGGGUUCUCAGGCCGGCGGCUGCUGCUGAGGCCCUGCGAAAAUCAGCAAUCGACCACUUCUCAAGUUCUCACACCAAUACGGGGGAUCCAAUACUGGGUCUCACACAUCGUGGAACACCUCCAUUGGACUGUCUGUCUGCAACCGCCGCACAACUCAUGCAAGUCGACGGUCGCACAUGCAAAACGAGGCUGGCUGGCGGCUUUGCUUUUUCCAGGGAGGCCUACGACGUGGCCAAGGCAAAGUACCCUACCUGCGGUCCUGCCUACCUCACGGAUCCCGCCCGCAGCGCCCGAGUGGGGCUUCAAACCAUUGAUGGAUCUCAGCAGUCAGAUUCCCCAUUUCCCCUGGAUCCAUCAGAGAGUCAUGGACACGCUGCUCCGUCCCAGUCUUGCUCUCCUAUGAGACUCUGGCACUCUUCAAUGGGAGAGGUUGGAGCUAUUCAUAAUCACCAGCCUCCCCGUCCUUGGAUCAUCCCAAUUGGCAUCAUAUUGUCAAUGGUUUCAAACCAAAGCCAUCAAACCAGACGAACCGGUCGGGGCACACGGGCGGGAGCUCCCCUGCAAAGCACCUGUACCCUUUCUUCGGCACUGGACGACCAUCGCUCUCCGCCGCCGACGGGAUCGAACAGAGGAUAA